AGAGCAGAGCCCUCAGUCCAGCACUGAGAGCAAGAUGAGCCGCCCGCUGCUGAUCCUGCUGCUAUCCACAGGAGCCCUGCUGAUCACCACUGAGGGUCAGCAGAGUUUCCAUACCCUUCCACAAUUAUACAAGAAGACCAUCAACCUGGCCAUUCAACACGCCAAUAAAGGCGCCCAGCAACACAUGAAUUAUCAUGGCGUCCUUACGUACAAAGAGGAUCCAACUGGAUAUAUUUAUGCGAACUUUAUCCUGAGAGAAACCACCUGUGAUAAGACAGAUGUACAUGAGCAUCGGACUGAGUGCACAGUACCUGCAGGCAAACCAUUUAUCAACUGUGUCGUUUGCUGUAACCGUUCUGGUACUGAGCUCCAGAAACCUUUCAUUGACUGCAUUCGGCAUAAAGAAGUCAGCUCGAGGACAGAAAUUCGGGAAAAGACAUGCUCCCAGUUGAAACCCCACCUACCUGGAAGUGGCUCCAUAAUGACACAGAAAACAGCGAGCAGUGAAACACAGACUAACUGUCUAGGGUGUUUCUGAGAGACGCAGCGCUGCUGACAGCUGCUAUCCUCUGUGCACGGACAGAUAGGGACCUGCUUUACAACAACUAAGGUUUACAAUGAGUGUGGAAUGGUUCAUGUUCACUGAUUUGCUAACUCUCAGCUCUGCUCCUCUUAAGUGUAGGUCUGUUUGGGUACAAUGACUAAGCAAAAUGAAUAAAAAUUUAAUUCUGAAA